AUCGAAACUUCCAACCUGCAUACAGUACUGUAUCGCCAUGGUUCGUGCACUUAUGGGCUUGCCCACCCCGCUGCCCGAAGGCUCGUUCCAGCAUCUCCACUGGAAAGUGUCCGUCGACGUCGCUACCCGCCGCCUGCACGCAACGGCCACGUACACCGUGCUCCAAACUCCAUCCAGCACGGACGAGGGUUGCCUCGCGCUGGCCGUGGAAGGGCUCUCGAUUGAGUCUGUGGCCGUGAACAACGACGCCACCGAGUUUAAAGUGAUCGAGAUGUCGCCAACGAGCGACCAAUUGCAUUCCACGCUCGCCAUCGCCGUGCCCAAGCAAGUCGUCGCGCCAUACAGCGUGGCAGUGACGUAUCACCUGGCCAAGCCUAGCCUGGCAUGCCACUGGCUGGACUCUUCAUGGCUCAUCACCCAGUCCUAUCCUUCGUACGCGCCUAGCUUACUGCCCGUGCCUCCGCAACUGUGCAUGAAGUUUACGUACACAGCGCAUGUCACCACGUCCGCGCUGGCUACAGUGUUGAUGAGUGCGUCGUUGACAGAAUCCAUCCAAGUGCCCAAAUCGAAAUCUCAAGUCGUCACGUUUAACCAACCGGUGGCGGUACCGUCUCAUUUGCUCGCGCUCGUGAUUUGCCCGGCGACAACCACUCUUAUAACCACGCAGCACGUGGCGUCGGCCUGCACUGUGCAUGCUGCUAGUAUUCCUAGUAGUACCAGUAAUGCGUUGGCCCUUGUGCCGGAUCUGGUGGCUGCCGCCGAGCGGACGACGGGGCUGCCGUGGGUGUGGCCUCCCUUGCACGUUCUGGUGGUGCCAACUGCGUUAACCCUGUCGUUUCGGUCGAUGGCAACGCCGUCGCUCGUGGUGGUGGACGAAGCAGCCGCGCAAAAAAUAGAUAUACUAGCCGACUCAGUGGUGCGCCAUUGGACAGCCUUCCGGGCACCUCACGAAACGUGGACCGACGUAUGGCUCAGCGAAGGAUGGGCCAAGUGGCUACAACUCGAAGUGUUGAACACAGUACACCCUCCAUCUGUGGCCCCAAUCGUACACGACGGGCUAGUGGCGUUGCGACGGGCACUGGAGCUCGACGCCGAUACCGCCUUGGUGGCAUCCCAUCAUUCGAGCCAUCAGUGGAGUGUUGUGGGUCGGGAAAAGGGCUAUUUGUUCCUUAGGAAUCUGCAAACGAUCGUAGGAGACGAAGCGUUUCAGUACUUUGCAUCGGCAUUCGUUUCAGGCUUUGAACAAGGCAGCGUCACGACAGAUGAAUUUUGCGCAUUCUGCCACGAGUAUUUCACCCUCGUAGAAGACUUGCCGCCGUUGCCCGUGGCGUGGGACUCGUGGCUACAUGUGCCAGGCUAUAUCCCAAGCGACAGUGAGCUCAAGGGGCUCGUGGGCCACGUGGUACCAUCGCCACUCCCAGUAUCUUUAUUGGUGGACGACACGCAAAGUCAGCAGUCGUUGGACGUCCCCGGUCUGCUUGGUAUUUCUGACACACUCGAGUUGUGCUCUGCCUUCGAACACAUUCAACGACAACAUGGCGCGGUCGUGGCGUUAGAUGUGUGGCUACAAUGCUCUGAAGCCCAUUCGUUUCAUCCAGUGACCGUUCACCGCAUUGAAUCAUUGAUUCAAAGCCAGGCCGUGGAUGACUCGGAGAUUGAGCGGAUGGAGAUUCCUUUAGCCAGGGACCACGACCAACCCCCGCAUGAGCUCCUGGACUCUGUCGCGAUGACGUCGACGUGGCUGCUGGUCGCGUUCAGUGUUGGCGUGUGCGUAGCCAUGGGAGUUCGCCUUGUGUCUGUGCGCAGUGCGUAGUUGGCAUGUGAAUAUGGGGGUUGCCUCGUCAUGAAAGCACCAACUUGAAUGACAGGAAGACAACAUGCAGAUUAACAAAAUCCGACACUUGAACGAAGUCCCCUACUACAA